AUGAAAAAACCUCUCUCCUUCAUUCGUCGGUUUGUUCUGCAAACUGGACGAAAAAUGGUCCGACUUUCCAUUUGGUGGCACCUGGCGGCUGGAGGUUUGCUUCGAAUAUUGCUGGCUGCUUAUGGCAUUUGGCAAGACGCCAACUUUGAAGUCAGUUACACCGAUAUUGAUUAUCAUGUUUUCACAGAUGCUGCUGAGUUCGUCUCGCUAGGGAAAUCGCCAUACUUGAGACAUACUUAUCGAUAUACACCUCUUCUCGCCUGGAUUCUCCUUCCGAAUAUCUACGUGUCCGUGCAUUUUGGGAAAGUGUUGUUCAUAGCUUUUGACCUGUUUACAGCUGCCAUGAUCUAUGAAGUGUUACGAGUGAAUGGUCACCCGACCCAAAUAUCAAUUAUCUGUUCUGGCCUCUGGUUAUACAACCCUCUGCCCAUUGCAGUGUCCAGCCGUGGCAAUGCCGAAUCGCUCAUGACCUUCUUGGUCCUCAUCACUUUACAGAUGUGCAACAAGAGAGACUUGAAAGUGGCAGCUAUUCUUUACGGACUGGCAGUGCAUACAAAAAUCUACCCUGUCAUCUAUGCACCAUCCAUCUAUUUGUAUCUGGGGCUGGGCCGGUUUCUGAAAGCUUCAACUUACCGGCAGAAACUGAAAGCGUUGUUUCAACCGAACAAAGAUCAAGUUACUUUUGUCAGAGUGUCUGUCGCCACCUUUGCCGUUCUGACAGGGUUUUUCUUUGCGAUCUACGGCUGGCCGUUCCUGCAAGAGACUUACUUUUAUCACCUCACGCGGAAGGACAUCCGUCACAACUUCUCUGUCUUUUUCUACCUUCUGUAUCUCUGUGCUGAGGAAGCCUACGUGUCAUGGAUUAAUCUUUCCCUGUUCCUACCGCAAAUACUCCUAUUAAUCAGGGCCUCCUUUACUUACUUCUAUAGUCUUCCCUUUUGUUGGUUUCUCUGCACCGCUAUCUUCGUCACGUUUAAUAAAGUGGUAACCUCCCAGUACUUUUUGUGGUACCUCAGUCUGUUGCCAAUAAUUCUACCCUGCCUCAAGUUGUCUUUGUCAAAAGGCAUUUUCCUGCUGAGUCUGUGGUUUGCUGGCCAGGCCGACUGGCUUCUUCCUGCGUAUUACUUAGAAUUCGAGGGGAAGAAUACGUUUAUUUAUAUCUGGCUGGCCGGACUUGUCUUUUUCUUUAUUCAAGUCUACAUACUCAGCGUUUUCAUCGGCAGUUAUAAUCACACUUCAGGCCAAAAGAAUGCUCUGAAGAAAUCACAAUAA